UUAUUUUUUUGUUAGACUCAAUCAAAUAAUUGUUCUCGGUUUCUGCUUAAUUUUUUCGAAUUUCAGGGUUAUAUUUUGUUUAUUUUUACAUUUUAUUAUCUGUAUUAUAUUUUGUGGCUACUUAAUGGGUGUAGAAAGACGUUUCUUUUAUGAAAUAACUGGUGAAAGAGCUCGUGAACUUUUAUUUUUAUAUGGAUCUAAUGGAGAGUUUAUUGUUCGUCCAAGUGAGUCAAGCGCUUCUGAUUAUACCUUGUCUAUCCAUCGUGGAACCCGAGUAACUCACGUCAAAAUUGUGCAUAAUCCUCUUUCCAAAACUCUUCGUUUACCCUCUGGACAUGACUUUCAUUCAGUUGAAGCGGUUGUGCAAUUUUUGGAGGCUAACCCAAAAGUGUUGACUGAAGCAGAUGGUUUGAGUAUUGAAUUGACUAAACCUGCUCAACUACCUAUUGCGGAGACUGUUGUGAAUGUUGGAAGUGAUCGCUUUUUUCAUAUUGCUACAAGUGGACAUGAGGCCGAAGCAUUAUUAAAAGACGAACCUUGUGGAACUUAUCUUGUUAGAGAAAGUUGCAGUAAUGAAGGUGAAUUUGCUUUAUCCGUUCGUAGCAAUACUGACAAAGUUGUCCAUGUCCGGAUAUCUCAUAAGAACGGAAGAUUUUGUAUUGUACCCAAAGACAAUUUCCGAACAUUGGCGGGACUUGUAGAAAAUUAUAUUCGGUUGCCGAUGGUUCAGAAUGGUGGAAGUGCUGUAAAACUCAAAACUCCACUCCCCUCAACCAGAUUUACCGCUGCCACAAUUGAUGAUCGUAUAGACUGUUUAUUGAAACCAUCAAAGAAGCAUGGAGCUAAGGAUGAAUUUGCUGAAGAAUUUGAGAACCUCCACCGUCAUGAGGAGGAUUCUCAACUCUUUAUUAGCUGCAAAGAAGGUAGAAAGGCAGAAAAUGUACGCAAAAAUCGUUAUCGAAAUGUUGUUCCGUUUGAUCACACACGUAUAAGACUACAACGUUCACCUUCUUCAAAUAAUGGAUGUGCUGGUGGAGGAGGAGGGAAACUUUUAGUAAAUAAUGAUUAUAUUAAUGCAAAUUAUGUUGAGAUUCCUUUGGACACAAAACGCUAUCCUGAGUUUGCUGACUUUAAACGACGUUAUAUUUCAACUCAGGUUGGGAUUUUUUUUAAGUUGUUUUUAAUUUAUUUUCAGGGCUGUUUGGAAGAAACUGUCUCUGAUUUUUGGCAAAUGGUUUGGCAAGAAAACUCGUUACUUAUUGUUAUGGUUACAAAAGAAGUGGAAAGAGGACGAGUAAAAUGUUAUCGUUAUUGGCCUGAUUUGGAUGAAGAAUUUAAUUAUGGGAAUUUAAUUGUUAAAACUAUUGAGGUAUAUUUUUUUGGAUUUUCUUUUAUUUUUAAGUUCGAAAUAGGUUUUUUUACUUUUUUGAGACACAACCUGGCAUUAACCGGUACUCCUGGUUUUUUGUUAUCUCCGGCUUUUGGCCCCGGUUUUUGGUUUUGGUUAUUUCUCCAUAAAUACCGAUUUUCUGUUUUGUGUCUGUUAACAGUUUGUGUCCAAUCUAGAGAUCGAGCUGGAUCUGGACCAAGGCCUGAGUUUUUCCUGUACCCAGAGUCCAGGCCCAGUCAUUUUUUGGCCUUCCUGGGUCCAAGGAUUCGGCCCAGAUCAAUAAAUCUAGCUCGGAACCCAGGAACAGGCCCAGGCUUUUCAAAUAUCUCGAUCUCUAGUCCAAUCCUACUUUAA